CUUGUAUUGUGUUUAUUGUGUGAAAUACACUGUUAUUAUUGUUUUUUGUUGUAAAUAUAAACACAGUUUUCUUGAUUGUUGUCUUUAAACCGUUUUUUUUGUGGAUCAGUUCAAUUGACAACAACAACAACAGUGGUCAUUGUCAUCAAGUGUCACCCAAUUGUGUAUAAACCACAUAUAUAUAUAUACAGAUCACUCAAUGAUAUCCAAGACAAACGCGUGUUGACUAACCCGUGCGCACACACACAACACGCGCGCAACCGACCUGUCGAUGGGAUAAUAAUAAUAAUAAUGAUAUCAUUAGACCACUAGUGGUAAACAGUUUCAUCAGUGUCUUUGUCGAGUAGUUUUUUGUUUGUUUGUAUUGUUGGAUGUAUUGGAUGUAUCAAUCAAUUAAGCCAUUGAUUGAUUGAUUGGUUUAUUAAUUGAUUGUUUGAUGUUUGGCUUCUUCAGGAAUGCUGUAAAUGUCUUUAAAAGCAAUGAUAAUAACAAUAUGAAUUUAAGUGCCAUCAAUAAGAAGAAUAACAACAACAACAACAACAACACCAACAACAGUAAGACUAUGUCUCAGACCAGCGAAGAGACGUCUAUUAACGGCACCGGCGGUGGCGGUGACGACACUAUUGAUGGCUCCAUCGAUGUCGAUGACAACUCAUCGACGAAGACUAGCGGCGGCGGCGGUGGACUUAACAAUGAUUUACUGAACAACAGUCCGGAUAAUGAUAGCAAAUAUUUAUCGGAUGAUAAUAUUGAUGAAGAUAUGGACACUACUGGCGAUAGUCCGACAGCAACGACGACGACGACAGCAACAAUAACAACAACAACACGUGUGACUACACGUAACUCUAGCCGACGGACGACUACGGGUGCCAAUUGUGAGGACAUUAGCGACUUUAACAAUACAAAUGGUCGACCACCGUCAACGGCGGCGGUAAAUAAAAGAAAGAAAAAGUCGGCAAACAGUCAACAAACGGCUAACCAAAUGAACGGUUUGUCGGGUAGUAGUAGUAGUAGUAGUAAUAAUAAUAGUAAACAAAAACCGGACAAAAGUGGUACCAAAAAUAAGAUGCGCUUACAAUACAAGUUUUCCUAUUGGCUUCGGGAGGAUCAUCGGAGUCCUAUAUUCGGUGUCCAAUUUAAUCAACAUAUGCCUGAUGGUCAAAAUUAUUUUGCAACUGUCGGCAGCAAUCGGGUCUCAGUUUACGAAUGUAUGUGCGACGGAAGUAUUAGGUUAGUCCAGUGUUACGCCGACACUGAUACCGACGAAAGCUUAUAUACCUGUGCCUGGAGUUACGAUGAUAUGACCGGCUAUCCGCUGUUGGCAGUGGCCGGCAGUCGCGGUAUUAUCCGAAUAAUUAGUAACGCAUCCCAACAGUGCAUCAAACACUACAUCGGACACGGUAACGCUAUUAACGAUCUCAAAGUACAUCCAACGGAUCCCAAUCUGCUGUUAUCGGUCAGCAAAGACCAUACGCUGCGUUUGUGGAACAUAAAGACCGAUCAGUGUAUAGCCAUUUUUGGCGGCGUCGAAGGUCAUCGGGACGAAGUAUUGUCUGCCGAUUUUCAUUUGCGUGGCCACAAGAUUAUCAGCUGCGGAAUGGAUCAUUCGCUGAAGAUCUGGUCGAUGGACACCGAAGAUAUACAGCAAACAAUUAAGGAAUCGUAUACGUAUAACGGCUCGAAAACUAAUAAACCGUUUGAAACUAUACGUAAUAAUUUUCCAUUGUUUACCACUCGGGAUAUUCAUCGCAAUUAUGUGGACUGUGUCCGCUGGUUCGGUAAUUUUGUAUUAUCUAAGUCGUGCGAAAAUGCUAUUGUUUGCUGGAAACCGGGCAAACUUGAGGACGAACAGGACAUUGGUUUACCGAAAACCUAUUCAAGUGAUUCUUCAACUUCGACACUAAUUCAUAAGUUUGAGUACAAAGAGUGUGAUAUUUGGUUUAUGCGAUUUUCGAUGGACAGCCAACAAAAGAUACUGGCUCUGGGCAACCAAAAUGGUAGAGUUAAUGUGUGGGACGUGGAUGUCGACGAUCCCUUUGUGCCCAGGUGUAUCCAAUUAACUCAUCCAAAGUGCACGACAGCCAUACGCCAGACCUGUCUGAAUAGCGACGGCUCUAUAUUGUUAUGCGUUUGCGAUGAUAGUACUGUCUGGCGCUGGGAUAUUAGCGGCACUGGCGGCCAGUCAUCCACAUCAUCAUCAUCAUCAACAACAACAACUAGUACUACUACUGCUACUACUACCAUGACCACCAACUGUACAACCACUAGUAGUACAUCCACACCCACCAUCCCCACUACCAGCAGCAGCAGCAGCACGGGUACUAUCAUCACGGGUAAUGCCAGCAUAGCUGAACAGUUGACUUUUGACGAGCCAUCAUCGUAACGCAUACCUAAACCGUAACCAUUCAUAAGUUUCAUGUAUAUGUAUAAAAAGGA